AAAGACCAUCUCACUUCUCCCUUAUCUCUCAGCUUUGAGCUUCUCUCUCAACGAAAGAACUCAAGCUUCUCAAACUCUAUAAAUCUUUCAAUACGCCGCCGUUUUUGAUUUUUGUCAUACCAUCAUUACUAAACCAUGCAAGCAGCUACGUCGUCGUGUGAUCUCAAGUUCCGAUCAUCUCUUCCGACAGCUAAAAACCAACGUUUCACCCACGCGGUUCCAAAGCGCGUGGCUGUUACGUGCGGUUAUAAGUCGGAGUCUUUUAGUUUCCCUAACGGCGUCUCCGUGAGUCGAUCUGAUUGGCAAAGCUCAUGUGCUAUUUUGUCUAGCAAAGUUGCUUCCGUUGAAAGUUCCGGCGGUUUAGCCGAUAAAAUCGCCGCCGUUAAUGGUCAUACUAACGGCUCCGUUAAUCUUGGUAUUGUUCCGGUUGAGUCGACUAAUGUGAAAUUAGCUCCGGUUCAGCCGUUGACGAUUACUGAUUUAUCUCCGGCACCGUUGCAUGGUUCUAGUCUCCGUGUAGCUUACCAAGGAGUUCCCGGCGCGUACUCGGAAGCAGCCGCCGGAAAAGCUUAUCCGAAUUGUGACGCCAUUCCUUGUGACCAGUUCGACGUUGCUUUUCAGGCGGUGGAGCUUUGGAUCGCCGAUAGAGCUGUGCUUCCGGUGGAGAACUCACUCGGUGGUUCGAUACAUCGGAACUACGAUCUUCUCCUCCGUCACCGUCUCCACAUCGUCGGUGAAGUUCAGAUUCCGGUUCACCAUUGCCUCCUUGCACUUCCCGGAGUCAGGACAGCUUGCGUUUCGCGGGUGAUUUCUCACCCGCAAGCCUUAGCUCAGACAGAACACUCCCUAGACGUCCUUACACCACACGCAGCGCGUGAAGCUUUCCACGACACAGCUGCAGCUGCAGAAUACAUCGCAGCCAACAACCUCCACGACACGGCAGCUGUUGCAAGCGCACGCGCUGCCGAGCUCUACAAUCUCCAGAUAUUAGCAGACGGGAUCCAAGACGAUCCCGGGAACGUCACGCGCUUCCUAAUGCUAGCGCGUGAGCCUAUAAUCCCACGCACGGACCGACCUUUCAAGACGAGCAUAGUCUUUGCUGCACAAGAACACAAAGGAACAAGCGUCCUCUUCAAAGUCCUCUCGGCUUUCGCUUUCAGAGACAUUAGCCUGACUAAGAUCGAGUCCCGGCCGCACCACAACCGUCCCCUCAGGGUGGUUGGCGACGGGAGCUUUGGCACGGCCAAGAACUUUGAGUAUAUGUUUUACGUAGAUUUUGAAGCGUCGAUGGCGGAGCCGCGUGCACAGAACGCGCUAUCGGAGGUUCAAGAGUACACGUCGUUCUUAAGAGUGCUGGGAAGUUACCCCAUGGAUAUGACACCAUGGUCCAUGACAUCCACCGAAGAAGCAUGACCCCAUCGCCUUAAACAAAACCAAUAAAUUUAUUGAAUUAUUAUGUUUUUAUUUUUUGGGUUGUUGUGAAAAAAAAUGUACUAGUAUAUACUAAAAUUAAAUCGUAAAUGUAGAGCUCGUUACUCACGUGGUGAUUAGGAGAAAACAAUUUGUUUUAUUUGUCUGUUACUAUAAUACAAGAUCUCUCUUACUUAAUGGAGAAAACAAAUUUUAUUGAAGAGUUCCUUGAUUUUA